GAGGGAGGGGCCGGGCCCUGGCCGCGGCGGGAGGAGGGGCGGCCGCAGCUGCAUCCAGCCCCGUUGGCUUCCUUCCCAGCUCUCCUUCGCCUCCUCCUCCUCUUCCUCCUGUAUGAGUCAGGCAUUUCCCGGGGAUUUGGAGCAGCCACGCGCGGCCCGGGCGCCCGGAGCUGUAAGCAGCAGCAGCAGCCGCCGUGCCGGGGCCGCCACCGCGGCGGGCACCCGCGUCCCGGGCGCGCACGGACCAUGGAGAGGGCAGCCCAGGGCACAGACGGCGGCGGGGGUAGCAACAGUAGCAGCCGCAGCAGCAGCCGUGCUACCUCGGCGGGCUCCUCGCCCUCCUGCUCUCUGGCGGGCCGGGGGGUCUCCAGCCGGUCGGCGGCGGCCGGGCUUGGCGGCGGGGGCAGCCGCAGCAGCCCGGGGUCUGUGGCCGCUAGCCCGUCCGGGGGAGGCGGCCGCAGGAGGGAGCCGGCGCUCGAGGGCGUGCUCAGCAAAUACACCAACCUCCUCCAGGGCUGGCAGAACAGGUACUUCGUACUGGAUUUCGAGGCUGGCAUCCUGCAGUAUUUUGUGAAUGAGCAAAGCAAACACCAGAAGCCUCGAGGAGUCCUGUCUUUAUCUGGAGCCAUAGUGUCCCUGAGCGAUGAAGCUCCCCACAUGCUGGUGGUGUACUCUGCUAAUGGAGAGAUGUUUAAACUGAGAGCUGCUGAUGCAAAAGAGAAACAAUUCUGGGUGACUCAGCUUCGAGCUUGUGCCAAAUACCACAUGGAAAUGAAUUCUAAGAGUGCUCCAAGCUCCCGAAGCCGAAGUCUCACUUUGCUCCCACAUGGAACACCCAAUUCUGCGUCUCCCUGUAGCCAGAGACACCUCAGUGUGGGGGCCCCCGGUGUUGUCACAAUCACGCAUCACAAGUCGCCUGCAGCCGCCCGAAGAGCCAAGAGUCAGUAUUCCGGCCAGCUUCACGAAGUCAGAGAGAUGAUGAACCAGGUGGAAGGGCAGCAGAAGAACCUUGUGCACGCCAUUGAGUCCCUGCCGGGGUCCGGCCCCCUCACUGCCUUGGACCAGGACCUGCUGCUCCUGAAAGCUACCUCUGCUGCCACCCUCAGCUGCCUUGGGGAGUGCCUCAACUUGUUACAGCAGAGUGUGCACCAGGCGGGCCAGCCCAGCCAGAAGCCAGGGGCCUCGGAAAACAUCCUGGGAUGGCAUGGGCCCAAGUCACAUUCCACAGAGCAGCUGAAAAAUGGGACACUUGGCUCUUUGCCAUCAGCCAGUGCCAACAUAACCUGGGCAAUUUUGCCAAACUCCACUGAAGAUGAACAAACCUCACAGCCAGAGCCAGAGCCAAACUCAGGCUCUGAAUUGGUUUUGUCUGAAGAUGAAAAAAGUGACAAUGAAGAUAAGGAAGAGACGGAAUUGGGCGUCAUGGAGGAUCAGCGUAGUAUAAUUCUUCAUCUCAUUUCACAACUCAAACUUGGAAUGGAUUUGACCAAGGUAGUGCUUCCCACCUUUAUCCUGGAGAAGCGAUCUUUGCUGGAGAUGUAUGCAGAUUUUAUGGCGCACCCAGACCUACUGCUGGCCAUCACCGCUGGGGCCACACCAGAGGAGAGAGUCAUUUGCUUCGUGGAGUAUUAUCUCACAGCCUUUCACGAGGGCCGCAAGGGCGCUUUAGCCAAGAAGCCCUACAACCCCAUCAUAGGCGAGACAUUUCACUGCUCCUGGGAAGUUCCCAAGGAUAGGGUCAAGCCUAAGAGGACUGCUCCCCACUCCCCUGCCGGCUGUCACGAACACCCAAUGGCCGAUGACCCUUCCAAAAGCUACAAACUAAGGUUUGUGGCUGAGCAAGUGUCCCAUCACCCACCCAUCUCCUGCUUCUACUGUGAGUGCAAGGAGAAGAGACUGUGCGUCAACACUCAUGUAUGGACCAAAAGCAAGUUUAUGGGCAUGUCCGUGGGGGUCUCUAUGAUAGGGGAAGGUGUGUUGAGGCUCCUGGAACACGGGGAGGAGUACGUAUUCACCCUGCCUAGUGCCUACGCCCGGUCCAUUCUCACCAUCCCAUGGGUGGAGCUCGGAGGAAAAGUCAGCAUCAACUGUGCCAAGACUGGGUACUCAGCGACAGUGAUAUUCCACACGAAGCCUUUCUAUGGAGGGAAAGUCCACAGGGUUACUGCAGAAGUGAAGCACAACCCAACCAACACCAUUGUUUGUAAAGCCCAUGGGGAAUGGAAUGGUACUUUAGAGUUCACCUACAACAAUGGAGAAACCAAAGUCAUCGACACAACCACACUGCCAGUGUAUCCCAAGAAGAUCAGACCUCUCGAGAAGCAGGGACCCAUGGAGUCCAGGAACCUCUGGCGGGAGGUGACCCGAUACCUGCGGCUGGGGGACAUUGACGCAGCCACCGAGCAGAAGCGGCACCUGGAGGAGAAGCAACGGGUGGAGGAACGGAAGCGCGAGAACCUCCGCACACCAUGGAAGCCCAAAUAUUUUAUCCAGGAGGGCGAUGGCUGGGUAUACUUCAAUCCCCUCUGGAAAGCACACUGAUGGGGUGGAGGUGCAGAGCUUUCCAGUAUAGCCCUGUUUUUGUAGGAAUAUUAAAGUAGUAGAGUAUCAGGGUUUUGUUGGCAUUCACUGAGACCUUGUAUUAGCAUCCAGGAAAUGAUGAGAGAGAGAAAUUAUAUACUAUGAAAAGUGCACCCCCACACUUUGCUAGAGGAAUGAAUUUAUUCAAGAGCCAUUUGGGGCACGUGUGUGUACACACCGUGUACAUUUACACACAUGCACUAUGUAAACAUCUGAGUAUGAUUACACAUUUAAAUACUGCACUCACCAAGGUUAAAGUGGGUAAUCAUAAGCUCCUUUUUAUCAAUGAAGUUUGAAGUUUUCUAUUUUUCACUUUGCCAAAAAUGUUUUACACUCACAAAGAUAUUCUCACUUAGUCAACUCCUGUCAAAAUGAAGGUGAACUGGCAUGGCCUGAUCACUGUCCAUAAGGGAGAAAGUGGCUCAUUCCUGGUAGAAGUAUGGGUGGCUAUCAUUUCAAAAUUAUUGUGAUUCUCACCUCCCUCCCCACCUCAGUGUUUUGUCUGUCCGCGCCCAAGAACGAUAAGCAACUAUUUCCUGCUGGAUGGGGGUUGGCAGGAAGCUGUUGAAGAUUUAUGCCAGAGCCUUGCAGGAUGGAGCACCUCUGGGACAACUAAGAGCGAAGGCCCACCAAGGAGUUUUCCACCCAUCUCUCAUGGUCACAGCGCUAGUCAUACAUUUUUGAGAAGUUGCUUCUUUUACAUCAGAAAACCAGUCAAUCAUAUGGAGACUUCUUUUGUGAUGAAAAAGGGCUUUAGACGUUAAAUACAUGCAUGCACAUGAAAACAUGCACAACCACAGCCUCAAUCUUGUAUUUAGUUUGGGGAAAGAGAAGAGAAUUUCCUGUGGAUUAUUUUUUCCUCAAGUGCACCUCUCUGGUUAACCCAAACUCUGCAAGAAAGCACUGUGACUAAAACAUACAUAACGCCUGCAUAAAUAUUCCAUGGUUUCAGUUAAAUUUCAGUCUUUAGCCUUUACACAUGAGGUCAAAGGAGUGACGAAAAUACAAAGCAAGGAAAAAAGGAAAUAUCCAGUUUUUGCUGAAUGCUUAAUUUAUUUUUUACUGUGCCACUCUAAUAUUUAUAAAAUCCAAAUAGCAUGAAUGCUUCUCUGUAGUAAUACUAAUUUUGUGCCUUUUGUCUGCUUUCUUAAGACCAGUUGUUCACACUUUGUAGAUAUUAGACAAAUAUAUUUCGAUUGAAUACA